AUGUCGCUCCAGAACUUGUCCAAGUCAGCGGUGCGCGUAGGCAAGAACUAUAUUAAAGGAUACACCGACACACAAAUCAAAGUGCGUGAGGCCACGUCGAAUGAUCCAUGGGGUCCGAGCGGCACACAAAUGAAUGAGCUUGCACAGCUCAGCCACAACCAUACCGACUUUAUCGAAAUGAUGGAAAUCCUCGACAAGCGGCUGAACGACAAAGGUAAGAACUGGCGGCAUGUGUUCAAGGCCCUGUCUGUGCUUGAAUAUCUUUUGCAUGCGGGAAGUGAAAACGUGUGGAUGUACUUCCACGACAAUAUCUACAUUGUCAAGACCCUGAAAGAGUUCCAGUACAUUGACGAUUCUGGUGUGGACCAAGGAUUGAAUGUGCGGCAGAAGGCGAAAGAAAUUACGCUUAUGUUGAUGGACGAGGCACGCAUGCGUGGCAAAAGACCGAAACAGAGCCGGACUCGCACGGAUCCAAACGACUUUUCCGACGAGGAAGGUCGCCGUCGUCGGGCCGCGGACCGUGACCGCAUGUCAAAGGAAGACCGAGAACUUCAGCGAGCUUUGGAUGAGUCUCGGCGCAUGGCCGAAGAGGACGAGCGGAAGAAACGCGCGCAGACGCAGAACGACAAUGACUUCGACCGCGCGCUUCGUCUUUCGCGCGAAGAAGAAGAGGCACGCGCGAAGAAAGACAAUCUCAUCAAUCUCGACGGCGACGAGCAGACCAGUUUGCAGCCUCAAAUGACGUCUUUCAAUCCCUACCUACAGUUCCAGCCGACUGGAUUCAAUCCAUUUUUUGGCGCGCAGAUGCAGCAGCAGGAAAUGCUUCAGCAGCAAUAUAUGCAGCAGCAAGAGUACCAACGACAACUUGCACUGCAAAAUGCAGCACAGCAGUACCAGUAUUUGAUGACCCAGCAACAACAGCAACCACUCAUGCCCCAGCAAACAUCGUUCGGCUCGAAUAACCCGUGGCUGAGCGAUCCGGCGCCUGCCCCGGCGCCCACACAACCGCUUGCUGCGCACGAUUCAGGCAGCGAGCAAACAGAUACCCUCAUCAACCUCGAUGGUCCCGAGCCUGCAGAGACUGUGAAGCCCAAGUCGAGUGCACCGCCGCGCGUAAAGACGAGCAACGCAUUUCCAGAGCUGGACAAGCUCCUUGCUUCCGGCGACGGUGUUGAUACGUUUGGCAACACGGGCGAUAUGCGUAUGGGCCACGCACACACGUUGAUGUGGGGCAAGCAGAUGGAGAAGCAGCAAACGGGCGCCGCGGCGUUGGGUGAGUCGGCCUUUGGUGGCGCGCAAGCAUCCAACCCAUUCUCCUAG